AGUAGCCUAAUAUAAUGUUGGUGUCUUUCAGUGCAGGCUACCUCUCGGACUGUGAACAGUCAGGUGGAAGUGCGCGUAAAAGAAAGUUCAUUCCGUUAUAAAUUAUUAUGUUUUAUAUCGGACACACUAAAGAAAGAACAAUUGUGUACCCUAUUAUUUGCAAGUAACAUUUUUGGGGGGUAUUUCUCAAGAGAAAGCACAACUUCACCAUUAUUUAAUCACCCAGCUGUGGAUACUUACUGAAAAAACGUGUUUGCAAAAGUGAAAGGACAGAUGGGUGGGAGUUGAGAGAGACAGACAGACAUCCCCCUGCUCCUCCAUCUCUCCUGCCUGGACUUCUGCUCACCGCCCCCUCAGAGAUGGCAGAGGACAUGUGGGAGAACAGAACAGUCCCCAGCCCUUACCCCCACCUCCCCCUGUCUUUGCUACUAUGUAACGACACCUUCCUCAAUGACACCCUCCUCAAUGACACCCUCUUCAACUGCAUCAACUCCACCAACAUUCCAGAGAUGCCAUUAGGACCCAGUGUAGCAGGGGUCCUCAUCCCACUCAUCUACAUCAUCGUCUGUGUCAUCGGCCUUGGCGGGAACAGCCUAGUCAUCCAUAUUGUGCUGCACUACUCCAAGACGGAGUCUGUGACUAACAUCUACAUCCUGAACCUGGCCAUCGCUGAUGAGCUCUUCAUGCUGGGCCUGCCCUUCCUGGCUGUCCAGAACACCCUCCAGUUUUGGCCCUUUGGCUCCUUUAUGUGCCGCCUGGUCAUGACCGUGGACUCCAUCAACCAGUUCACCUCCAUCUUCUGCCUAACUGUCAUGAGCAUUGACCGCUACCUGGCAGUGGUCCAUCCCAUACGCUCCUCCAAGUGGCGGCGGCCCCAGGUGGCCAAGGUGGUCAACGGCACAGUGUGGGCCAUCUCCUUCCUGGUGGUCCUGCCUGUGGUAAUCUUCGCCAACGUCCACAAGACGGGCGGCACCUGCAAUAUCUCCUGGCCUCGGCCGGCCGACAUUUGGAGGGCGGCUUUUAUCAUCUACACGUCCACAGUGGGUUUCUUCUGCCCACUCCUCAUCAUCUGCCUCUGCUACCUGCUCAUCGUCUUCAAGAUCCGCAGCUCUGGCAAGAAGGUCCACGCCACGUCCACCAAGCGCAGGAAGUCGGAGCGCAAGGUGACGCGCAUGGUGGUGAUCGUGGUCGCCGUGUUUGUCUUCUGCUGGUUGCCCUUCUACGCCCUCAACAUCCUCAACCUGCUGGUGUCUCUGCCAUCAGAGUACCCGGGCCUCUACUACUUUGUUGUGGUAAUGGGCUACGCCAACAGCUGCGCCAACCCCAUCGUCUACGGCUUCCUGUCAGAAAACUUUAAGCGGGGCUUCCGCAAGGCCCUGUGUCGUUCCUCACGCAAGGUGGAGAGCCACGACCUGACAGAGCGCCAGCAGCAGCAGGAGGAGAGAGGGAGGGUGCUGAAGCCCCGGGAGAGCUUGAGGAGGGUCGUACGAGAUGAGGAGGAGGAAGAGGAUGAUGACUACAGGGAGGACGUCACAGAGAUGACGGAGAUCUGUAGGAUCGCCCAGAAUGGGAACGGACAUCCUGAGAGUUCCCAGGCCCUGUUAACACCCAAGUCGCCAGCUCCAGGGGCAUCUGAGCAUGUGGUAUCCCCAGAAAGGAAAGCCAAAGCUGGUGACAUUGGUGGGAAAGGCCCAAGCUUGGGGCCUCCAGCAUCCCUGCAUAAUGGACACACAAAUGGGAGUGUCAAACCACUGCCAGAGGAGCCAGUGGAGAAGAACUCCUCACUGGAGAUAAGCUACCUAUAAUGUAAAAUAACUGUCCCCGAAGUCAGUUACCUGAUGGAACGUGCAUUAAUAUUUUGUAGCAUUCAUGUAAUGUCUAUUUAAAUGUACAGCGCUAUACACAUAUAGAGAAGAGAAGCACUCUGUAAGGCCAUAGCACCUUUCAUUAUUUAUUGCUACAUUUCUGAUCAAUGGGCUGAGAGUGUUUGAACUCUGCAUCAAGCCAAUGGAAUUUGUGUUACAAUGACUUGAUGCUGCCUGUAAAACGGUGUAUAUACUAGGUUGUUUCUGAAGACAUUUGUAUCAUUUCAAUCUGUGCAAUAUGUUUUACAACAUGAUCACUGUAUGUACGUAAUGUCUGUGCCUUUUCCCAAACUUAUCUGACAUAUCUGAUUGUAAUUGUAUUACAUUUCUACUGCACAAUGUGACAAUCAAUUAUAUAUAGAUGAAUGUAGCGUCACUUUUAUAUCCUAGUCAUUCACCUCGCUACACCUUAGCUGGAGGAACAGAGGACAGAAGAAAAAGAAGGCACCUUGUGUAGCUUCUAUCCCAUGGCAACAGAAUGGCCCUACACUCUUAGAACAAGGGUUCCAAAAAGGUUCCAAAAGGGUUCUUUGGCUGUAGAGAGCACCUCUUUUUCUAAGACUGUACCAAUUGUUUGUUUAGAUUGUUGAGGACUGGGGGGUGCACAAUGAGAGGAGGAAAACAGGUGCCCCGAUUGGCAUAAAAUCAAACUGUGGUUAUAGAUUUUUGAGGGUUUAUUUAGCUUGUGUGUUGUGAGCCGUGGUUGUGGUUGUGUUUGUACUGCUGCUAUGUGGGGGAAGAAAAGGGCUCUGGAAAGAGUUGGCAACUUGGCAUCCGGUGACAGUGUCUCAUGUUACUGAAUAUCAAGGUGGAAUAUCUGGUGACAGUGUCUCAUGUUACUGAAUAUCACAGUGGAAUAUCUGGCAACAGUGUCUCAUGUUACUGAAUAUCACAGUGGAAUAUUUGGCAACAGUGUCUCAUGUUACUGAAUAUCAAGGUGGAAUAUCUGGUGACCGUGUCUCAUGUUACUGAAUAUCAAGGUGGAAUAUCUGGUGACAGUGUCUCAUAUUACUGAAUAUCAAGGUGGAAUAUUUGGUGACAGUGUCUCAUGUUACUGAAUAUCAAGGUGGAAUAUCUGGUGACAGUGUCUCGUAUUACUGAAUAUCAAGGUGGAAUAUCUGGUGACAGUGUCUCGUAUUACUGAAUAUCAAGGUGGAAUAUCUGGUGACAGUGUCUCGUAUUACUGAAUAUCAAGGUGGAAUAUCUGGUGACAGUGUCUCAUGUUACUGAAUAUCAAGGUGGAAUAUCUGGUGACAGUGUCUCAUGUUACUGAAUAUCAAGGUGGAAUAUCUGGUGACAGUGUCUCAUGUUACUGAAUAUCAAGGUGGAAUAUCUGGUGACAGUGUCUCAUGUUACUGAAUAUCAAGGUGGAAUAUCUGGUGACAGUGUCUCAUGUUACUGAAUAUCAAGGUGGAAUAUCUGGUGACAGUGUCUCGUAUUACUGAAUAUCAAGGUGGAAUAUCUGGUGACAGUGUCUCAUGUCACUGAAUAUCAAGGUGGAAUAUCUGGUGACAGUGUCUCGUAUUACUGAAUAUCAAGGUAGAAUAUCUGGUGACAGUGUCUCGUAUUACUGAAUAUCAAGGUGGAAUAUCUGGUGACAGUGUCUCAUGUUACUGAAUAUCAAGGUGGAAUAUCUGGUGAUAGUGUCUCAUGUUACUGAAUAUCAAGGUGGAAUAUCUGGUGACAGUGUCUCAUGUUACUGAAUAUCAAGGUGGAAUAUCUGGUGACAGUGUCUCAUGUUACUGAAUAUCAAGGUGGAAUAUCUGGUGACAGUGUCUCAUGUUACUGAAUAUCAAGGUGGAAUAUCUGGUGACAGUGUCUCAUGUUACUGAAUAUCAAGGUGGAAUAUCUGGUGACAGUGUCUCGUAUUACUGAAUAUCAAGGUGGAAUAUCUGGUGACAGUGUCUCAUGUUACUGAAUAUCAAGGUGGAAUAUCUGGUGACAGUGUUCAAUUUGCUUGAGGGCAUACCAAGGUUGCACAUAUCUGAUUGUUGUUGUGUUGUUCAACACUUGGCCCUCUGGUUUCUGUAACUCGGCCUAUAUAGUAUGCCAUUUAAAAGGUCAAGGAACAUCAGAGUUCCUACACACUGAUUGUUUCUUUUAAGAAUGACUUUUUCCUGUUCUUUUGAAUGCUAUCUGGCAGCUAUGACAGGGGAGCCACAUUGGAGGCAUUGAGGUUGUACAGACAGAGGAUAUGAGAAUAUAGACAGAUAAGAUAUGAGCAUGAAGAGCUGAAAUCACGACAUUGUAGGGAUGGUAUCUACAAUAUCUGACAUCUAGGUGAUUCAUAUGACUAAAUGUGUAAUAAAUGUAUUUGUUUUAUCAUAGAUAUGUACAGUACUUGGACAACAAAAGGAGCGCAGAAUGUCAAAAUAGUGGAUGUUUUCUUUAGAGGUUUAGUUCAUUAGGGGAAAAGACUACUGUAAAUCAUGCACACACCAAGACAUGAAAAGGAAACGGGUACUGUAGGUGCACACAAAAUAUGCAUUAUUAGACCGUUACACCUGAGUUACCACACAGCCACAAGCCCUCAUUAACCAAUUUGCCCAGUGGAGUGGAAGGCAUUCGGUGAAACCACACUGACCAACACAUAAAGUGCCUCAGUAUAUUGUUACACUCCACCAACAUUGUUGACUCUUGUGUCCCUUUCACUGCAUUCAUUGAUACAAAUAGCAGUGUAUUGUAGAAAGCAGUUUAACUCACUUGAACAAUGCUAUCUGAUCCAUGAUAAAUCCAUUUCCUCUGCCACCCCCGCCGCUGGCACACUCCCACACACACACUCUCUCUCACAGCUGCAUUGAGAGGUAUGAAAACAUCAUUAAAGGCUUAUGAAAAGUGAGUUGUUUCACCAAUGCCAUGCUUGCAGUUCCGCUAUGCAGACUUGUGACAAGCAGCAUACUGUGAAGUGUUGUAUAAUUGCCAGUUUCAUGUCAAAUAUACACUUGUUUACUUGUACUUGAGUUGUGUAUGGGAUUAUUCUAUCAAAUAUGAUUUUUGUUUUCCACUGUUUGUGUGAUCUUUCCUCAGUGAUAAUCAGCGCAGUGCUUAUUGUAGACGGAGGUGAGGCAAGCAGCUGACCACCUGAUUGGUCGACGGGUGGUAUCUUUAUGAAUCUGUGUGAUUCAUUGUUCGCUCUCUCCACCCACAGAAGCCCACCUCAGUAUGAUAUGGGCACAGGAAGAAGCAAACACAACCGCAGGUGACUCUGAUAACACUGAUAUAAUUCACUCUUUUUGGCAGUGGCUACUAUGGAAACACUAUGUAAACAGUGCCUGUAGCGCAAGGGUAAGAACACAACAGAGCCCUGAAAGUCAGAGAAUAGGCAUAGUAUUUCUCAUCCAGAUGUGCUAUUUGGUUUGGGAUGAAAUCUCUCAAUCCAAGGGCAACACACAUGUAUUGACAUGUUCUCAGCUAACUAUCUGUAGAGGAGCAUUCUGUGGUGUGGUCAUUGCGUUCCAAUGGGCCAUGCCAAAACACCAUCAGUGUUAUUGUGCCUCUUUUUUUGAUUGUGUCUCAAGCAUCUCAUUGUGCCAAUGCAAUCUGACAGUUUUAGCAUUGCUCAAAGAGACAGCUGGGGGGUAACAAGUAGUUUGCUGAUGGUUUAAGGGAGAAGGGACUGUUCUGGCGGAUGAGGUGUGGGAGAAGGGACUGAUCUGGCAGAUGAGGUGUGGGAGAAGGGACUGAUCUGGCAGGUGAGGUGUGGGAGACGGGACUGAUCUGGCAGAUGAGGUGUGGGAGAAGGGACUGAUCUGGCAGAUGAGGUGUGGGAGAAGGGACUGAUCUGGCAGAUGAGGUGUGGGAGAAGGGACUGAUCUGGCAGGUGAGGUGUGGGAGACGGGACUGAUCUGGCAGGUGAGGUGUGGGAGACGGGACUGAUCUGGCAGGUGAGGUGUGGGAGACGGGACUGAUCUGGCAGGUGAGGUGUGGGAGACGGGACUGAUCUGGCAGGUGAGGUGUGGGAGACGGGACUGAUCUGGCAGGUGAGGUGUGGGAGACGGGACUGAUCUGGCAGGUGAGGUGUGGGAGACGGGACUGAUCUGGCAGGUGAGGUGUGGGAGACGGGACUGAUCUGGCAGGUGAGGUGUGGGAGACGGGACUGAUCUGGCAGGUGAGGUGUGGGAGACGGGACUGAUCUGGCAGGUGAGGUGUGGGAGACGGGACUGAUCUGGCAGGUGAGGUGUGGGAGACGGGACUGAUCUGGCAGGUGAGGUGUGGGAGACGGGACUGAUCUGGCAGGUGAGGUGUGGGACACGGGACUGAUCUGGCAGGUGAGGUGUGGGAGAAGGGACUGAUCUGGCAGGCGAGGUGUGGGAGAAGGGACUGAUCUGGCAGAUGAGGUGUGGGAGAAGGGACUGAUCUGGCAGAUGAGGUGUGGGAGAAGGGACUGAUCUGGCAGGUGAGGUGUGGGAGAAGGGACUGAUCUGGCAGGUGAGGUGUGGGAGAAGGGACUGAUCUGGCAGGUGAGGUGUGGGAGAAGGGACUGAUCUGGCAGGUGAGUGGUGGGAGAAGGGACUGAUCUGGCAGGUGAGGUGUGGGAGAAGGGACUGAUCUGGCAGGUGAGGUGUGGGAGAAGGGACUGAUCUGGCAGGUGAGGUGUGGGAGAAGGGACUGAUCUGGCAGGUGAGGUGUGGGAGAAGGGACUGAUCUGGCAGAUGAGGUGUGGGAGAAGGGACUGAUCUGGCAGAUGAGGUGUGGGAGAAGGGACUGAUCUGGCAGAUGAGGUGUGGGAGAAGGGACUGAUCUGGCAGAUGAGGUGUGGGAGAAGGGACUGAUCUGGCAGGUGAGGUGUGGGAGAAGGGACUGAUCUGGCAGGUGAGGUGUGGGAGAAGGGACUGAUCUGGCAGGUGAGGUGUGGGAGAAGGGACUGAUCUGGCAGGUGAGGUGUGGGAGAAGGGACUGAUCUGGCAGGUGAGGUGUGGGAGAAGGGACUGAUCUGGCAGGUGAGGUGUGGGAGAAGGGACUGAUCUGGCAGGUGAGGUGUGGGAGAAGGGACUGAUCUGGCAGAUGAGGUGUGGGAGAAGGGACUGAUCUGGCAGGUGAGGUGUGGGAGAAGGGACUGAUCUGGCAGAUGAGGUGUGGGAGAAGGGACUGAUCUGGCAGGUGAGGUGUGGGAGACGGGACUGAUCUGGCAGAUGAGAUGUGGAUUUCGUACUCGCCUGGUGGCUCUUUUCUUGAUUGUCAUUCUUGAAGUUGCUGUGUUUUGUGCAUCAGCAGGAGCAAAUCCCUAAAUGUUAUUAGAUUAAUACAAUAAAAAGUUGCUCUGGAUAAGACC